AUGCCGUUUCGUCAGAGGAUGGCCCGCCACUUUGGCGAUUCGCUCGCUCCUGAGAAGCCCUAUCUCAGCUACUACGAUGUCUUGUUGACAGCCGAAGACAUCAAGGCUCUCAAGCAUGACUGGUUAACCGACAACAACAUCGCUUUCUGGGAGGAGUAUCUUGAGCGCGAAACUCUUCCCAAGUAUCCACAAGCUCGUAUCGUUCUGCUCCGCCCCAGCAUGACAUUUCUUCUCAUGAAGGAACCGGAUACUCGAUCAAUCCAAUCCGCUCUUCCCGAUUUCUCCAAGGUCACGCAUAUCUUUCUACCCAUCAACGAUAAUCGUAAUGUGAGCGUCGCUGAGGGCGGUAGCCAUUGGUCACUGCUUCUCGUCUCGACUCUUGAUGGUGUAGCCUUUCACUACGACUCGCUCGGUGGUUCCAACUACUCCGAAGCCAAUGUCGCUACGCGCAAGCUUGCCAACAUACUCGGCCGACCCCUCCGAUUUAUCAACCUUGAGGACUGUCCUCAGCAGGAAAAUGGCAGCGACUGCGGUGUUUUUGUCUGCCUCUUGAUGCGACAUCUCCUCGUCAAGCGCCUUCUGUGCGCUAAUGCCCGCGAGAAGGUAUCGAUGAGUAUGGGUGGAAAGAUGGUUGACAGCUAUGGCGGACGCAAAGAAAUGAUGCGAAUAAUCGAAAAUCUCCGUAAGGAAGGAGAGCGAAGGCGAUCAACGGACUGCUACGGCUCUUGCGAACAAUUCGAGGACCUCGUGAGAGAACUACUAGGAGAAAAGAAGGCUGCAACUCGUGCCAUGACUGCUCCGGUCAAGGCUGCUCCGGUCAAGACGACCCCUGUCAAGACGGCUCCUGUCAAGCGAACUUUGCCCCCUUGGACUGGAAUGAGAGACUUUGGUCGCCCCAAAAAUUGGCAAUCUCGAUCGGCUCCAUCUACACUUGGCGGUCGAAUCACCAAAGAGCCCCAGGAUUCGAGCCCUUCCACGCCUAUCAAAAUCCGAAGCAAGCGAUCUUCCUACCCCACAACAGCUUCACCUCAAACUUGCAAGGUCAUCCAAACACACUGA